GCGAGUGAGAGUACGCUACAGUUCUUCACCAGGAGACAAAAGCGAGACGAGAGAGAGAAAGAGAAAGAAGGAUAACGUGCGGAGAUCGAGCGUCGAAUUCAAUCUCAACAUCAGCGCAAAGAGAUUCGAUUAUCCGGGAGAUCCAGCGGACGAGCGAGAGAGGAAAGAAGCUCAUCGACCUUUGGGAAACGCGACGCGAUCAAGUGUGUGACAAUCGGUGCCGUUGUCGCAGAAUCGUUAUAUACGUUCCCAUCCGGUUCCCGACUUCUGUCACUACUUUUAUUUCCUUCGAUCGACCCGAGUGCGAGCACGACGAUGAAACUGUCGAUCGGCGUGGCGAUAUUGUGCGUUCUGGUCGUCGCACUGCUGUCGGGAACAACGUAUGCCAGGCCUGCUAGCUGGUUCCUUAGCCGGCAGAAACGCUUGUCCGACCAGAGAAUCGCCGAGCUCGAUACGCUGAUCGCACUGGAGAAACUGAAGGGCUACAUCGUCCCGGUGGGACUGGGAAAACUCGACCCGGCUGUCAUAGGCCGCCGACGGAGAUCCGUUCCGGAGGACGAUCUUCGGAAGCUGCAGCGUCUCCUACUCAUCGUCGGCCAAGAUCAAUUUCGUCCCUCGCCUUGGAAGGAAGAUUCGCAGGAGGUGCAGGGAGACUAUUAGUUGAUUUAAUUCAGAAGCUCGACGUCGCUCGAGGAUGAGGCGAAAGUCAGGGAAGUGCGGCGAAAGAAAUGGAGGAAGGACGGAGCGGGGGAGACGGGAAGGAGAGAAAACGUAGGGAGAAGAAGCAGGAAGUAAACAAUUAGGGAAGAUACACCUACACACAGGUACACGUAAAACACACACACACAUACACACGCGUAUACACACGUACAUUUAACCGAUCUCUCGCCCGUGAUCCGUCGACAACGCGCUACCUACGGACCAGCUUCCGUCCGAGCUUCGAUUUCUUUACGAACUUGCGAACUUUACUUAAGAAAGUAUUCUAAGUAAUUAUCUCGGAGUAGAAACUAUGUGAAUUUCGCGCGUAUUGCGCGAGAGGGGGCCGCAUCAGCGGGAGAAAACGGAAGCGCAUCGGCAGAUUACCCUGCAGAGAACGACACGAGUGUUUCCCGCCGGCCGGACGGCGCAAUCGCGCAAUCCUUCAUUUCGAGUAUGCUCGACUGCUUAAACGAGAACAGUAUUUCGAAACGUGAGUCGUCCCUAGUAUUCGUUAGUAGUGCCGAAUCCGCGCGAGAGAAGCGUUCUUGCAGCGGCGCGUUAGAUAUCCCCUUAGAGUAGCUAUAAAUCUCUUCGAUUUCAUUCGCCCGAUCGCGCCUCCUCGUGAGAUACGCGCGACGCUUUUGUCGCCGUUUUUCCGAAGCGCGCGCGCGUCUCCCCCACGGGUCGACGAUUUCGAGAGGAUCGCGUCACUUGCGGUGAUUUUCGUCUAACUCCGGUCAAGUUAACCAAUGAACAAAAAACAAUCCCCGGUAAAAAUUAAUGCAGUCUCCUUAAUCUAUCUAAGUUACUGUCUAAUAUUAAUGAAUUCUCAGUUUUUAGUUGUGACAAUACUGCGUAGGAAAUCGACAAGAAUUUGAUCGAGUUUUAUUCGGGGAUUCUUCUAGGACGAAACUGCCCAUUCUUUUCACAAGGAAAGUUUAUUAAUCAAUUGAAUAAUUUUUCCUGCCCAUUUUUUGUCUACUUUUGUUCCAUUUACUGUUCUGUUUUCGUUCUGUGAAUGGGGUGAUCUUUUGCGCACACACGGAAAAAAGUUUAGUUGUGUUAACCAGAGAGAGAACAACCAGGUGCAUUUUGGUUGAAGAAAACGGAAUUUCUAGUCCCACAGGAACCACAUUUGGAUCAUAAGAACCAGAAAUUCUGUUUCCUUCAACCUGAACGCACCUGGUUGUUCCUUUUCUGGUCAGUGCGAUCAGAUUAUUUUCCAAGAAGGUGUAAGAAAAGCGUCACGUCUUGAUUGAGAUCCCCAGUAGGUUUUACUCCUCGGUUGCUAGGGAGAAGUUAAUAAACUGUCCGGUAAUUGCUUGAAAAAAAUGCAUCGAAAUUUCUACCGGGGAAUAAGAAUCGCCAAAAUCAAUCUCCAGUUCUGUAACAUGCCGUUCAUCAUUUCUAUCUGUGUUAGCGAGAUGGAGCGGGUAACACUUGUAUCCGAAUUCAUCGAUUAGCACGUUCGUGGAGUUUCACGAGAGUCACCUUUAUCCGCCGCUGAUUAACCCCCCGAGUCUGACAGCCGUGCGAAUAAUUUUCCCACUAAUCUCCCAGUGCGAAGGAUCAAACGGAUGGAGCGAGCGAGGAAUCUCAUCGCGAUGCAACGUCGUGUCUGCCAUUACAAUUAAAUCAAGCUGUCCUUCCAGCGGAAUAAAUCGCGGAGAUGAGGCACGGCCGAGCGUUGCGCGGCUUACUGAUUGUGUCCGCAUCCGCAAGAGCACAAAGCGAAGGUAACGUCAUUCUUCUUCGUACGCGGGAAAAGAUUUACAAAUUUACUUCAGACAGUAUUACAACGAACGCGCGAAACGUGACGAUAAAAACAAAUAUCUUCGACGCGAUCUCGCGGGAGAGGAUUCCACGAACUUCUCGCCCGCUCCGUCCCGCGGUUUUGUACGCGGUGAGCUUGCGUCAUCCGCUAGUUUCUUAGUCCGUUAACAAAAUGCGUUUCCUUUCCGUUAGCAAAACGGCGAAAUUUCAUCGCGCACACCUUGAGCGUAAAGGACCAAGAGAUUUCGAAGCGUCCGCGAGCGCGUCGCCGAGCAAGCGGCGCGCGACGCACCGCGUUGCAUUCCGGGCUCGGCCAUGUGUAUGAUUAUAAUUCUUAUUUAGCAUGUAUCGACCGCAAUGUUAAUCCCGCGAGAAACGGGAAUUCACGUUGGAUGUCAUGAGAGAAUUCCCGCCCGCCGAUGGGAUUCAUCGAGAAUGCGACCGUUUCUACCGAGAAACGCGUCGUCCGGAUUGUACGGUCAGGUUCGACGCAGUAUUUCUCGGCGAGAAUCGUUCGAUUUGAAUUGUAUGUAUUUAUUUAGCUCCUAAGACGUGAAUGCGAGACGCGUGUACGGAUUACUUCAGUGCGUUGGAGUAUUUUAUUGCCGUGGAUCGGCACUAGUUAGUAUUAAUUAGGCUGCGAGAAAGCGCGCGCCUACGUUCCUCAAUACUAUUUACUACUUAAUGUCAUUUUUAAUGCCUAUUGUUUAUUUAUUUAUUUAUUUAUAUAUUUAUUUAUAUAUGUGUAUUUACUUAUUUAUUGUUUAUUUAUUUAUUUAUUCCACGAUUGUGAUUCAACUUUGCUUUUGCGGAUUGAGUCGUGUAUCAAGAAAAAAAAAAAGAUAGAAAGAUUCUCUCUUUGCCGCUCGCUGAGAACCAGGCACCGACAUUCGUGUAUUUUUUCUCACACAUACAUAUAUACACACACACACACAACAUGCAUAUUCACACAUCGGUCACGUCGAAUCGUCGUCGGAUUAAUUUGAAUAAAGUGAUGUAUAUGCGAUCACGAAUGCAAUAAAAAGU